CUGAGCCGGUAUUUUGUUCUGCACUCAAUAUGCCAGUGUAGGUUCUUAUGGUGCUACAAGAUGCGGUUAGAAUUCGACGAGGUUUUGAUCCAUCUUGGUGAUUUCGGACGCUAUCAAAAAUUAGUAUACUCUUUAUUAUGUUUUUGUAUGAUACCCAGUUGUAUAUUGAUUCUAAGCCCAGCAUUCAUAAGCGCCGAUGUACCUCACGUUUGUAAAAUUUCAACCGAACUCUUAUCGAAGAACAAUGCCACGGUUGGUAUGUAUAUACCGUAUGAAAUGAACGACAAUCGAUGCCAGCCGAGCAGCUGUUCUCGCUACGAUUUGCACACUCGAAAUAUGAAUGAAAGUAUAGAUUAUACAACAAGAAAUAAUAUAACCUGCAAAACGAAAUGGGCGACAAUGGCUUGUGACAACGGUUGGAGUUUCGAUAUUGCAAACCACAGAUCUAGCAUCGCCACAGAGUGGGAGCUCGUUUGUGACAGAGCCUGGUUACGAGAGGUCGCCACAUCUAUGCUUUACAUCGGUGUACUGGCAGGCACGUUAGUGGUAUCACCGCUAUCAGAUAGAUAUGGAAGAAGACUGUGCAUAUUUAUUGCACUGCCAUGCAACAUACUGUUCGGAUUGUGUUCGGCAUUUGCGCCGUCUUUUCCUCUGUUUCUCGUCAGCCAGCUCCUACUUGGCGGAACUUUCGUUGGGAUAUAUAUUAUAACGUAUAGCUACGUCUUGGAAUGGAUUGGACCUUCAUGCAGAGCAUUUGUUUGCAACAGCGUAGUGGUGUUCUAUUCUUUCGCCUAUAUGGCACUGGCGGGCCUGGCUUAUCUUAUUCGAGAUUGGAGGCAGUUAUCUCUGGUACUAUGUAUUCCUCAAGUAUUUAUGUUAGCGUACUUUUGGUGCAUACCAGAAUCUCCGCGAUGGCUCAUGUCUCGGGGCGAUAUCAAGGAGGCUGAAGUGAUUAUUCUAAAGGCUGCGAGAGUCAACAAAGCUGACAUAAGUCCACUGCUACCAAAAUUGCGUCAGUAUUAUGAGGAAGAACGCAAUUCGAGAUUGGAAGCCGAAAGGAUGGAAACCAAGAAAAAGCAUUUGAACUUUCUUGAUCUUAUUCGAACUCCGAUUCUAAGAAAACGGUGUGUCAAUAUCUUCUGCCAUUGUCAUCACAGGACGUCCAUCUCCUUAGUAUACUACGGCGUUUCUCUCAACACAUCUACUCUACCAGGAGAUGAGUACCUUUUGUUCUUUCUGGCUGGAGUUAUGGAAGUGCCAGCUUGUUUUCUCGCUAUUUACUUGGUCGAUAGAUUUGGACGCACCAUACCGCUGAGUGCGUUCUUUGCCAUUGCAGGAGUAGGGUGUAUCGGUUGCCAACUUUUUCCAGAGGAUCUAAAUUACUUGUCGAUUGGUGUGGCUAUGAUUGGUAAACUAGGUGCUUCAGCUGCCUUCUGGACUGCAUAUAUGCAUACCUCCGAGCUACUGCCUACUGUUCUCAGGACAACCGGUCUCGGCGCUGCUAGCUGCUUUGGACGACUGGGCUCCAUCCUGGCACCGUUUGUUCAACUUCUAUCAUCAACUUGGAAGCCUCUUCCGUUUAUCAUAUAUGGAUGUGUAUCAUUUGCGGCUGGUGCGAUGAUUCUCCUCCUCCCAGAGACAAAGGGUCAACCACUGCCAAACACCAUUGAGGACAUAGAAUACUCGUCAGGAAGCAAAUCUGAUGUUACUUCAACAUUCGAAGAGAAAGAUGGUAAAAGAGUGAUGUGGCUAUCCUUAGUUGAUCUGAAUUAUACAUCAGACGUGGAAAACAUGAAGCCGACUAUACUAUAGAAUACAAUAAUCGAAUUGAUUUAGCUAACUUCUUUGAUACCACAAGUCUUUGAAAUUGCACAGUAUCGCCAAAAGUACUGGGCCAUCCGAGAAAUAACUGAUUUUUGUUGUUGUCGAAACACGGGUUGAGUGGUGAAGAAUGUAUCUAUGUGUGGUGCGGUGUAUAUGUAUUUAAAUGUAUGAAAGUGUUAUGUUUGUGCGUCGUUUCAUAAAAUAUGUGUCUUAUGUAAUGUUACAUUAGUAGUUUUGUAUGUAUAUAUUAUUUUUAUUUAUACGAAGCAAGUAAUACAUCUGCAGAAGCAUACGUCAGUCAUACGGUUAAGUUCUUAGCUCAGAACAAAUUACAGAAAUUAUAAUUGCCGUUCAAUGUCUCAUAAUGUUUUGUUACUUGCAGUCUUUAAAUAAAAAAAAAGAUACUAUAUAUGAUUUCAAUGUCAGA